AUGUCUUCUGAGAACCUGACGGACGAUCCGCAUCAGUCCUCCUCCCCUUUGGUCGCUCAGGCUCAGGAGCCCGGAAUGUUGGAUCUCAAUUCGUCGCUCAGGGUGGGAGAGGAUGUUACUCUGAUUCUAGGGGCCGAUUCUCUCCUUAUUGCGGAUGAAAGUCGCGUGCAUAAGGCGCGCUGCUGUGGUCUUAUACCAACCAGUAAUGCCCCUCGGUCCUGUUCCAUCUCCUUUGUGUACGAUAGAUGUGUUAAGGCGGGGUUGAACGGCAUGCGCUUACUGAUGAUCAUAGAAUCCAGAGGGUCUCGUGAAAUUCCUUUCUACAACGUCCUCUCCGUGGAUCUCUCCGAGACGAAGAUCAUUAUCAAGUAUGCGCGACCGAUUUCGAAGCAUGACAUCUCAGCGGAAUCCUUGCAAUAUGCUAUCGAUAAUCAUGUGCCGAGGUCGAAAGCGGAGGCAUGGGUCGAACGACUGCUCAACCGCGCAUAUGGCGACGCGCAGCGGAAUAAAAGGCUCAAGGUGCUGAUCAAUCCGUUUGGCGGGAAAGGUCACGCCGUUAAGUCGUAUUAUAACUAUGCCGAACCGAUUUUCGCAGCUGCAGGUUGCAAGCUCGACGUGGAAACGACACAGUACUCCGGUCAUGCCACCGAAAUUGUGGCGCAGAUGGAUGUCGAUGCUUAUGACGCGAUUGUCUGCUGUUCCGGUGAUGGCUUGCCACACGAAGUCUUCAACGGUUUAGCUAAGAAGCCCAAUGCUACAGAGGUACUCUCGAAGGUAGCAGUAGCGCUUCUCCCCGGCGGUUCUGGGAACGCCAUGGCUUGGAACUUGUGCGGUACUGGCAGCGUCAGCUUGGCGGCCCUUGCGGUUCUCAAGGGCAUACGAACCCCACUAGACCUCGUUUCUAUCACCCAAGGCGACACACGGAGGCUUUCUUUUCUCUCUCAGUCCUAUGGGAUGAUUGCCGAUUCAGAUUUAGGGACCGAACACCUGCGGUGGAUGGGGUCUGCUCGCUUCACAUACGGCUUCAUGGUACGUCUGCUGGGUAAAACCACAUAUCCGUGCGAUUUGGCGUUUAAAGUCGAGAUCGACAACAAGCAAGAGAUCAAGGAUCACUACCUCGCGUACAAGAAUAAGAAACCUCAGGCGCGUCGUACCGGCGACGACGGCAAUGGCGAUCGACCUAGUGGUCUACCUCCGCUCAAAUACGGUACUGUCAAGGAUGACAUACCGAAAGACUGGGAGGUAGUAUCAUCUGACACCAUAGGAACCUUCUACGCGGGGAACAUGGCUAUCGUGAGCGCGAACACGAACUUUUUCCCGGCCUCGCUUCCGAGUGAUGGAUUAAUGGAUAUGGUUACGAUUGAUGGAACGUUAAGUCUUCCGAAGGUCUUAUCGAUAAUGUCGGCUGUUGACAAAGGCGAUUUCUUCGACAUCCCCGAGGUUACAGUCCGUAAGGUCUCUGCAUACCGUCUGACGCCGAGACAGAGCCACGGUUUCAUCAGUGUUGACGGGGAGAAAGUCCCGUUUGAACCUUUCCAGGUGGAAGUUCAUCCGGGAUUGGGCACAGUCCUGUCCAAGUCGGGGCAUUUGUACGAGGCCCAGGGGCCGGUAUAA